CAUGUUCAUUGUAAUCUAUCUUCACCCUCUUCAGUUUUGUUCUCUCUCAAUCAUUCAGAAACCACUCAAAAAUACUUUCACUCACAAACUUCUCUGAAGCUAGAGCCCUGGGUUUCUUGUUUACCCUCAAAUCUUCUUUAUUUCACCUAUUUCCCUUACUUAAUCUAUUUGAUUUUGCACCUUAGUUGUCCUGUUAUUAUCUGUGUUUUAGUUCUCUUCAUUUGCUUCACUUCUCUUCUGUUUUUCAAGCUUUGAAAAAAUUUAAAAAAAAAAUGGUUGAUGUUGCCGGAAUAUCGGGGUUGUGUUGAGUCUGGUCAUCGAAGUUGGCAAGUGGUUGGCUGCUCCCAUUUGACGUCAAUUCAAGUAUUCGUACAACUAUAAUACCAAUUUCAAAAAUCUGGAAAAACAAGUUGAUAAGCUGAAGAUUGCAAGAGACGAAGUUCAACGUAAGGUUUCUGCUGCUGAAAGAAACGUGGAAGAGAUCAAACAGAAUGUUAAGGACUGGCAGAAGGAUGUGGACAAGGUAAUUUCAGAAGCAGAACAGUUGAUUCAAGAGAAAACAGACAAACAACCAACCCUCCAUGUUUCAAGGGAUUCUAUCAGGAAGUAUAGAUUUUUUUUAAUUUUAGAUAUUUUCGUAAGUGAAAGUGUUUUGACUUUUUCAACGUUGUUGACUUUGACUACGUUCGCCCACUCACGUCCUUCCACGUCAAUUUCAGCGAGAUACCGAUCCCACUUAAAUAAUAGCCCUUACAAGACGUCAGUUACCCGACACGUGGCACCUAUAUAACCUCGAAUCCAAAUUCACACCGCCUCGCCGCCCUUUUUGCGCUCUGGAGGAAUACCUCCUCAGGCUUCAAGAAGCUCAAACUCAAAUCAUUCAAAAUUAAGACACUUCAACCAAAAAAAUAAUAAUAAUAAAAGAGGUUUUUUUUUUUUGGCUCAGUUUCUUUUGAAAAUUUUCCCGAGAAGCAAACGACGAACAGUCAUGGAGUCUACGCCCGUGAACUGGGAAUCUCUGGACGCAUUGGUCAUUGAUUUUGCAAAAUCAGAGAACUUAUUAGAAGAAUCAUCUCCAUUAUCUUCCCCGACUUCUUCUUCGUCUUUUUUCUCUCUCUCCUCCUCGUCUUAUCAUUCUAGAUUGAUCAUUCGUCAGAUCAGACGGUCGUUAGAGGCCGGUGACAUUGACACUGCGAUUGAGCUCCUCCGGUCCCAUGCGCCUUUCAUUCUUGAAGAUCACCGGCUUCUAUUCCGGCUGCAGAAGCAGAAAUUUAUUGAGCUGUUGAGAAGAGGAACCAUAGAAGAUCGAGAAUCGGCGAUAAAUUGCUUGAGGACGGCUCUCGCACCUUGUGCUCUUGAUGCUUAUCCGGAAGCAUAUGAAGAAUUCAAACAUGUUCUUCUUGCCUUUAUAUAUGACAAAGAUGAUCAGACUUCUCCAGUAGCAGAUGAGUGGGCAGAAAGGAGGAGGUUUGAAAUUGCUGGAUUAAUGUCAUCUGUCUUAAGAGCUCAUUUACAUGCAUAUGAUCCAGUGUUUUCAAUGACACUGAGAUACUUGAUAAGCAUACACAAAGGAUUUUGCUUUCAUCAAGGACUUCUGUCACCCAUUUCUGAUCUUACUGAGAGGUUACUGCUUGAGGAACGGGACCCCCCUGCAACACCACAGGAGAGUUCAUAUGAAGCACCUCCUUUUGAUGAGGUGGACAUACAAGCCCUUGCAUAUGCUGUAAAUAUUACAAGACAAGGAGCUGUUGAUAGCUUGAGAUUCAGUCGGGGUGAUCUACUUCAGGCAUUUCAGAAUGAAUUAUGCCAGAUGAGAUUGGAUGUUUCUGUGCUUGAUGAACUUGUUCGUGAAUAUUGUGUUUAUAGGGGCAUUGUUGAUUCCACUCUUGCAUCUUCUGGAAUGCAAACCCCUUUCAAAUCUUUGAAUGCUUAUCGACCAGAAUCUGGGGAUUGUUCAUCAGGGAACUGCUCCCUAGAAAUGGAUUGUAGUAUCAGUAAACAUUCAGAUGGUGAAACUUCCAUUAGUAAUACUAAUAUGGGUGCUUCUCCUGAAAAUAAUACUGAUGUGAUGAGUGUUCAAGGAACCGAUGCUGAAUUAAGAUUUGCUGGUGAGACAAUAGGCUGUCAUGAAGAUUGUAGCACCAGUGGUUCACAUCUGCCUGGAAAUUCAAGAGUUCCGAGAAACCGAAGCCAUGGAACUGGAACUGGAGAAAGGAAUAAACGUAAGAGGUGGAGGGGAAGGCAAAAUGAUUUUGGUUAUGUUCCUGAUAUUUCUCUCAAUGUAUGUGAUAAGCAAGAGCUUAGCUCUUGUACUCUUGUUAGCAGUAUGAAAAUGUCCAAGGAACAACAGGCCUCAGAAAAACAUAUCAUGUCUGAUUUUAGCCAUAAAGCUGAUAAAUAUAAAAUUGUACUGGGGAUGAAGGAGCUAGCGAGCACAGGAAUGGCUGCUGAGACUGUUGAAAAAGUCAAUACUUUGGAUCCAGACUUUUUUUCGCAAAAUCCUGUUCUGUUAUUCCAGCUUAAACAGGUUGAAUUCCUUAAGCUUGUCAGCUCCGGUGAUCAUUCUGCUGCUCUAAGGGUUGCAUGCACCUACUUGGGUCCUUUAGCAGCUAGUCAUCCUGAUUUGUUGAAGCCCUUAAAAGAGACUUUGUUGGCAUUACUCCGACCUAACGAGGAUGCACUUGUAAAGGGCUUUCCUUUGCAUGCUCUUGCAACUUCACUCCAGGUUGCAAUUGGUAGGAGGCUUGGUAUUGAAGAGCCACAGCUUAUGAAGAUCAUGAGAGCUACCCUUCAUACACACAGUGAAUGGUUUAAACUUCAAAUGUGUAAAGAUCGCUUUGAAGGUGUUCUGUGGAUUGAUUCAUUGAAGGAAGUUAAUACUACUUUACUUACCGGUGCUGCUGUCAUGUCAAAGUCAAAUGCAGAUAGUUGUACCCAAGCAUCUUCCCAAGUCACAACAUCUUCAAAUGCCAGGCAAUCAGAAGAUGGUAGCAGCCCAUCUCAAGUGUCUUCUGGAGAUGUCGUCUGUGAUGAAAAUGCAAUACUCAAAGUAAUGGAAUUUCUAGCUCUGCCAAGGGCUGAUGCCUUCCACCUACUUGCUCAAUAUAAUGGGAAUGCAGAGACUGUCAUCCAACAAAUAUUUGCUUAGACAAAGUUAAGGUAAUACAUAACUGAAACUGACUGCCAUUUGUUCAUUCAGUGUUGUGCAAUAGACUCUUUGUAACUUUACAGCCACGUCCAUGGGGAAAUCCUGAUGCAGUCACCGGUGACAUUGUUUGUUGUUUAUGUUGUACAUUAUAUUUAGUGUUUUUCUGCACAAGAUCAAGAGCAAAAGAAAUAAACCAAAAUAUCGAUUGUUUGAUUUGUUUCCA